AUGGCUCCCACAAUCCUGCCCCGGCUGGCCCUCAGGCAGUCGAGAGUCGUCCUCCAGCGUCGUGCCGCAUCCACCACCUCGGGAGCUGCGGACGCCGCAUCAAAGGGCGCAUCGGCUGCUAAGGAGACCGCUGCUAAUGCGGCAUCUACUGCGAAAGAGACUGCUCAAAACACCGUGUCCAAGGCGCAACAAGGACUGUCCAAGGUCACAAGCUCGGCCGGCCCUGCUCUCAGCAAAGUUGCGAAUGCGGCAUCGAACACCGUCUCGGGCAUUGGCGGCCGCACCGGCAAAGUCAUCAGCACCGUUCAAGGCAUGAUUCCGCACGUGGUAUAUUACGGCAAGGUCGCUGGUGAGCUCGGAAAGCUCAUCUACAAGGGCCGCAACAUGCAACCACCAACCAUGCAAACUGUCCAGUCCUACCUGACUCCAAUCACCAAGGCCGUCCGCAACCCAUCUAGCUUCGGUUCGCAAACCGCCCAGGCCGCUGAGAAGCAGGCCGAAGCCGUCAUCACCAACCCUCAGAACUUCCUCACUCGGUUACGAAACCUCGACCACGCGACCCUGACCACCGUUGGUAUCACCACCGCCGAGGUCAUUGGAUUCUUCUCCGUCGGCGAAAUGCUUGGCCGUUUCAAGAUCAUUGGCUACAGGAGUUCCGGCGCUCACGCUGAGCACCACUAGAUGCGAUGAAGGACGGAGGAAGGAGAAGGAGCAGAUGUGUGUCAUGAUAUGGCGGGAGUAGGAUAAAUCACCGCAGAUGCAGCAGAUGCAGCGGGAAGUAAAGAGAGCGCCUGCAGUGAGGCAGAGUGCGUGUAACACUGUGCAUAACCUCAAAAGAGUUUCCUUUCCUUCCUGAG